AGUUGUGAAAGUGCAGGUGCAGGUGCAGGCGCAGGCGCAGGCGCAGGUGCAAAGCCUGCCUGUUCCUGUCAAAGCACUGAACUUCCGUGCAGCCAACCAGUCAAUCAACACCGUUUUCUUCUCUCCACCAACCUCAUCUCACGCUCACUCUCACGCCUCCAUACACCUCUCUCACCACCUUCUCUUGAUUACAGUACACCUACACAGCUUCUGCAGCACCAUCACUUCUCUCUACGGCCUACCACACAACAGUAAUUCACCUAAACCCUAAUUCACUUGUUUACGCUUCACCAUCACAUCACGACCACCAAACACGCUCUCUUAAACCUUCCCCCUACAGUCGCUACGAUAUAAUUCUUAUUUUCUCCACGACCGCCAUUCAUUCAGACCCCCUAUCCAUUCCAACCAGCCCUACCAUCUUCACGAUACCUUCCGCACCUCUUUGACGACUCGGCAUCUCUCGACCACCCGAAUCAAUCAUUUAAAUACUUCGUACCAUAAUCCAACGCUCGAUUGAACCCCCCCAAUUCCCCUAAUCUCGACCCCAACCGCCAAGAUAGCUUCUCUACACAGACCCCUUACCUCGCACUCCCCAUCCUUCUUCUCCAAAGAUGCGAUGACCUUUGUCGACUAUGCGCUUUCCAAUCAGACUAUGCCCGGCUCACCGCCCGAAUUGACCGGCUCCAAGUCGUCCAAGUCGUCCUCCUUUCACUCCUAUCAAUCCGAUGACAACUCCAUCCUCGAAGAUGUGUCCAACUUUGAGGAUAUUGGACUGGAUGAUGACUCUCGCGUCGAUGCGGAUAUAGGAGAUUUCUCGGUCAAGAAAACCAUUAAAUAUCCACACGAUGCGACAUUUGCCAAUGAACUCCGCGCGACGACCACGGCGAGGAAGCGCUCCCCCUUGGCACGUUCGUCUAGUGUGCAGUCGAAGAGACCACAGAGGGAAUUGGUGGCAAAGAAACAAUCCUUUCCUAGUUUGAGGGGACAGUUUAAAAGUGCGGCGGAUAAUGGGUUGAUGCCUAGUUCUAAUGGUUCAAGUUCGAUGUUACGAAGAGGAAUUCCUAGUCCGUCAUCACCAAAUAUGCCAAUGCUGAAACGAAACCGAAGUGUCAGUCCGAAUACACAAAACGCAUCUAGACAAGCGGUGAAUCCGGGUCCCCAGAAGGUUAGAAGAGGUAGUUGGCAGGCGAAUAGAGAGAGAAAGACGGCCAAGGAGUUGGAAGCGGAGUGUGAUGAGGAUGAUGGAGAUGAUGUGCCUGAUGAAUGUUUUUUGGAAAACGUACCAAUAUCCCCUCGACCAUUUGGAGAACGAUCCGCCAGCCGACCGGUAUCCACAUCAACGAGUCCGGAGAGAGCGCCAAAAGAAAAGGUAAGAAGUGUUGGGAAUGGAACCUCUCGAUUUCCAGCGGAACAAGGAGAAUUAAGAUCUCCAAGGUCACCAAGAUCACCACUACCAGGAAGUCGCGGGACAAGUAUGGGUCAGUUUCCAAUGAACCAUGACAAUUAUCCAAAAGGGAGAGCGAGGAGUUGGGCAUCUGCUUUGAGUCGGGAAGCCAGGGAAUUGACGGAAGCCCUUGAAGCUCAUGCGGAAGAUGAGGAAGCAAGAGCGGCGGAUCCAUCAAAUCGAAAUCGUAAGGAUUCGUCUGUACGACCCGAAAAGAUGCGAGUAAGGUCUGCGAUUGCCGAGUUACCACCACUACGAAGAACGGAUAUCAUGAUAGAUCCUUUACCAAUAUCCAAAGAAAAGGAAGCAGUUUUAUCGAGAACACGACCUUCUUGGUUACCUCCUAAAGACCCGGCGGAAGAGAAGCGACAUUUAAAGGAAUAUCAACGUAUGAUGGAAUUAUCACUCAAGGCCGAACAAAAAAGGGAAGCCCAGCAACAAACCCGGUCGCAAUGUAAAGAUGAUACCAUUAAAUCGUUACUAAGAAUAUGGGAAGAUCAUGUACUUCCAAAUUGGGAGGCUACAACACAACAGAAACGAACCAGAGAGUUAUGGUGGAGAGGUGUUGCGCCGAGGAGUCGAGGAGCUGUAUGGACCAAGGCAAUCGGAAAUGAACUUGGUUUAUCUGCUUCUUCAUGCUCGGCAGCCCUUCGAAGAGCCAAGGCUCUGGAGAAGACAAUCAAAAGUGGUUCUCAAUUGAAUGCGGAAGAAUUGAUGAAGAAAGGAUGGUUGGAUAGGAUUGAAGUUGAUGUCAGGACGACAUAUCCUGAAUUGAGAAUCUUUCAACCAGAUGGACCUUUGCACGAGAGUCUUUUGGAUGUUUUAAAGGCGUAUGCUAUGUACAGAAGUGACGUUGGAUACGUGCAUGGGACUAGUGUAAGUCUCUCAAGCCUCUGUUUUAUAACAAUAACUAAUUGUGUUUUAGACAAUCGCAGCCAUCCUCCUUCUCAACCUCCCCACACCAGCCGACUCCUUCCAAGCCCUAUCCAAUAUCCUCAACCGUCCUCUCCCCUUAUCCUUCCACACCAAUGACCUCGGUGGCACCUCCCGGGUCUACUCCCUCCUACUCUCCACCAUCUCACAUAAAUCUCCUAGACUCCAUCUCAUCCUCACCAACCCAGAAUUCAAUCUUCAACCGGAUAGCUAUUUGAGAGACCUCUUUCAGAGUAUGUUCACGCAUUGUCUGAGUUUGGACAACGCGACGCGUCUUUGGGAUGUGCUUGUUUUCGAGGGGGAUAGUAUUCUGGUUCGCGCGGGCGUGGCAUAUCUGCUGGCACUUGAGGGACGGUUGCUCGGUGCGGGGAGUGGAGAGGAGGUUAGGGCCGUGGUUGGAGGUGGGCUGGGAGAGUUGGAGGAAGAGGAGUGGAUGAUGGGGUUGAGGAGUGCGGGGAAGUCGAGUACCGCGACGAACUGAAGGGGUUUUUUGAAUUGGAUUGAAUUCGAAUGUUCGUAAAAGCAUUCGAAGUGGUAUAAAAUGAUGGGGUGGAGGUUAUAUAAUGAUUGUGUUUUUCACUUACUUUUUACUCUUUCCUUUCUUGGGAUAGGAAACUCUUGUAAUUUUUUUGUAUAUUUUGGACAUUGGAGGCGUGGCGUCUUUUUUUCCCGUUGUGUGUGUGAGAGAGAGGGGAUGGAAGGAAGUGGAGUGGAGUGUAUAUUGAAAGUUUGUCGUCCCCUGUAUGUAUGUAGAUUUGAUGUCUCCUUCCUCCUUCCUUCCUCAUCCCUCCUGUUUUUGGGGGGUGGGGGAGAAGGAGGAUGGGAGAGGUAUGGGUGGGGAAGAAUGAAGAUGAAUUGAAUUGAAUCUAAUCUGAUUGAAAUUUAUUGUGUUUGUAUGUGAU